GGUGUGGUGUGAAGCUCAUGCUCUGCUGCACGUUUAUAGAGCUCGCAGACCUUGAGGCAGAGUGACCUGGGCCUUGUCACAUAGUGUCACUGCCAUAGAUAAUAGAAGUGACUUCUACCUUUCUGUAUCCCCAGGGGAAUAAGACGAUCAAGAUAUGUGCUCACUACGGACCUUGCUCUUAAAGGGGAAACUACCUGUGUCAUCUGUGUGGAGUGAGGGGACGAGAAGUACUCUGGCAAAGGCUACAUUUGCCACAGGCCCCCGUCAAAAUGACACUACUUUAUAUGAAUUUCGCACGUAUUCUAUCAAGCCCUCUAUGAUGAAUGCAUUCAUGCAGCUCUCAAAGGAGAAUUUUCAUCUGCGUACAGCGCAUUCUGAGCUGGUUGGCUUUUGGACGUAUGAAUUAGGUGGACUGAAUAAGGUGUUCCACAUAUGGAAAUACGACAGCUUUGCACAUCGAUCAGCUGUACGCUCCAAGCUAGCUCAAGACAAGCUGUGGCAGGAAAAUUACAUUUUGAAAGCACUGCCCAUGAUGGACAAACAGGACAAUGAGAUUGCUUACUUGGUACCAUGGUGUAAACUUCAGAAACCAGAAAAAGAGGGGGUCUAUGAGCUGGUCUCCUUCCAGUUUAAGCCUGGAGGACCAGCAGUUUGGGGCGAAUCAUUUCGAGCUGCCAUCUCUACUCAUGUUAAUACUGGAUACACAAAACUUGUUGGUGUUUUUAACACUGAAUAUGGAUUACUUAACCAAGUCCAUGUUUUGUGGUGGAAUGAGAAUGCUGACAAUCGGGCGGCAGGAAGGCAUUUGGCUCAUGAACAUGCCAGGGUAGUGGCAGCAGUAAGAGAAAGUGCGAGAUUCCUCGACUCACAGAGAAACUUACUUCUGGUGCCAGCUCCAUUUUCCCCAUUGAAGUAAAUUCCGCCAUUCUACACAUCAAUAGACUCUUCACUUGUCCAAGACGCUAAUAUUUGAGUCUGUUAUUACCUUUUUCAAGCUACAAGGGAAAGAAGAUCUUACUGCUCUGUGGAUAUUUUAAAUACAUUUCUGCAUAAAGUUCACUUCUUUACUCGUGGUAACUGUGUGAAGACAUUUCUGUAUGAAAAAGAUAAGGUAACACAGAAAAUUGGAUAGUUUUUGUGAAUAGUUUGAGAAUUUGGCAGAGUGAGCAGAAAAGCAGAAUUUUCUGAAAUUGCAUAGCCCAGAAACCACUUUCUGUAUAAAAUAAAAGUAAGGCUACAUGUACAUGACAGUGAAAAAAAAACAGCCGCCUCUAUUCACCAGGCUUGAUCUCCCUGCGCUGGAGUGAGAUGCACCUGAGGUGCAAAAAAAAAACACUCGCCUCAUCCACUUGCAUGUACAGAGGCAGUUGCUCCUCAUGGUUGUGAAGGACCUGUGCUAUGUUUCUAGUAUGAUCGAGUCGUGACAUCACGCUGAGCACAGAUCCUUCAUUCAAGAGAGGAGCGACUGCCUCUGCAUGUGCAAGAGGAUGAGGUGAUUUUUAUUUUUUAUCCCCUAAAAGGCCACAUUGAACUAGUGUACCUGUUUUUAAUGGUCAUUAGACGGGUUCACUCUGGGGUCCAAAAAAAAACCACAGCCAUGCCCCAUAGACUGCAAUGGUUCUGAAAACGGCUGUGUGACACGUGUCAAAGAAAAGUCGUGUGUGUGUGUAGCCUAUUUUCAAGCGUAAAACUAGCAUGACCCAUUGCCAUGAUGGUCUUUGCCACGGGUACACACAGCCCAGGGUCUUUGGUCUCUUUUUGAUAACCUUGAUUUCAGACCACCACCAUCAUCAUCAUACUUUUAUGACUUGUGUGAAAUUUGGGGCACUGCCUAGGUUGAUGAUAUCUGACUUCAUCAGGGAGCCCACAGCUAUGUUCAGACAUGGGGGAUUUGUUAUGAUGUGGGUACAUCCACAACUGUUAUCUGCCAUGUAAAGUUACAUGCUGCGGAAUUAAAAUCUGUAUCGCAUGUCAAGUUGUGUCCAUUUUGUUGUAAAAAAAUGUCCACACAGUGGAAAUCUCUUCUACUUAAAGGGGUUUUCCAGGAUUUUAAUAUUGAUAGCGCAUCAAUAUCAGAUUUACGAGGAUCUGACACCCAGGACCGGGAUCAUCCGGUUGAAGAGAAGGCCGCUCUCCGAGCCUCCACAGAACGAGUCAUCCCUUUUGAAAUGAAUGUGAUGGCUUGCAAUUACACCUGCUCACUACUGCCAUAUGGAAUUGGCGAGCAGGUAAACAAUGAAGGGAAGGCUGCGCUCAUGGAGCAUGGCCUACCCUUCAACCAGCUGAUUGGUGGGAGUGCCAGGUGUCAGACCCUCACUGAUCUCAUAUUGAUGACCUAUCCUGAGGCUAGGUCAUCAAUAUUAAAAUCCUGGAAAAUCCCUUUAACUGCUGCUGGAAAUGCUGCUGAUUUUCUGCAUGCACUUCUGUUGUGGAAAAUCUGCAACAUUUACCCCACACAUAUGUCCUUAUCCUAAGAAAUCGCUGUAAAAUGCCAAUGACUGGGGAUUCACAAGAUCCAAUAAAAUGUGUGGAGCAUGCCUACCUUAUUCCA